AUGGAAGACGAUGAAGAACUCGUGGCGAGUGAUUCAGCGACUAUCGAAGACGAUAGUUUCAAUUUUAUUCCUGAAGAGAAUUGCGGAGCGUCAGCUGGCGCAGAAGAGCCUGAACAUGGCUCACCUUCAAAUCGAUUAGCCUUUCACGACAAAAUCACUCAUGAAAACGAGCAAACAGAAGUUCAGUCAUCUAAUACAACCAAGGCAAUUGCAAGCAAUGAUCGCGCAUACGAACGCAAGGAAAUGGCAGACUUAGGACACGGCGUCUUGAAAGACCCAACAGAAUCAGGUCACAAUUACAGUGGCGAUGGUAGUCAAGUCCAAACUCCGGCGCCAAAGUCUCUACAAAAAAGGAAACAUCCAGAGAUUUGGAAGGAGGGAAGAGACAAGGACAGCGACGGGGAAAUGGUCGACAGAUAUAAGCCCUGUAACGAUGACGGACGCGAGAAGAAGAGAACACGACCCACUCUUGAACAGAAUGGGCGUGUAACGAGAAGCAACGUGCUUAACGAUGAGAGGGUCGAUUUACAUCAAGAGGAGUAUCUCUACUGGCUAGAGGGGCUUAAUCUGUGUAAGAGCAUAGGGAAAGGCGUCCUCUCGAUGGAGAAGUUAUGGUCACUAGUGCAGGAGAUGUGCGAACAAGAGAGACCUGCUCAGCUUGUGCAAGACGCACGGCGGUUUAUUAUGUACCACAAAGGGGCAAUUGAGGGCUACCCUCUUCAGACCUAUGCAUCCGCACUCAUAUUCAGCCCUACAGGUAGUCUAAUCAGACAGCUGUUCCAGCAUGAAGAGCCAGAAGCAAUCAGUAUCAGGCCGACUCUAAGCGAGGGGUGGAGCGCGUGUCUGCAGACGCUCGAGGGCCAUAGCAGUUAUGUCAACUCAGUGGCCUUCUCGCACGACUCGACGCGGCUGGCAUCGGCGUCCGACGACAGCACCGUCAAGAUCUGGGAUGCGAGCAGCGGCGCGUGUCUGCAGACGCUCGACGUUGGCAAACCCCUUGACAGUUUAUCCUUUGAUCCUACUAGCUCUCACCUCUAUACCGAGAUAGGCACUAUUGAUAUUCAGAGCUUAGAGACUUCUAUCAGGACGGAUAUCGCAGAACCUGCGCGCCCCUUACAUGUAGGCACUGGCUUUAGCUCAGACGGUAUAUGGGUUCAGCAUACUGGCAACAAGAUGUUAUGGGUACCAUCCGAGUAUCGACCAUCACACUCGUCUGUGAGUGGAACUAUGGUUGGUGUAGGUGUUGGGUCUGGAAGAGUGUGGAUUUGUAGUAUAGACCUUUGA